AUGCCCAAGAAAAAGUCCCGGCCAGCAGCGGCAGGUGAGCCGGAGGACCACCAGGCUCCGGGAAGGUGGGAAGGUGGCUCCUCAGCAUCUUGCCUCGCCCGGGUUCAUGGACCUCGAGGUGUGAAGGCUCCCGUGGCUUUGCAGGGAUAUUUUUUCAGCACAAAUGCUCAAAAGCGGGAGGAGCGGAACUUUUUCAGUUGGGAACAAGCUUAUGCUGUCAGGAAAAUUAUACAUUCUAGAAAUGCUGCCACAAAGGAUAAACUAAAAAUUGGCUUUUCUCCUGAUGGACAUCAUGCAGUUGUUCAAGUAGAAAAUGUUUCACUGCCUGCUAAGCUGGUUAAUUUGCCUUGUGUUAUUGGAAGCCUGAAAACUGUCGAUAGAAAAACAUUUUAUCAGACAGCGGAUAUUUCUCAGAUGCUUGUAUGCAGUCCUGAAGGUGAGCCUCAUUCUUCUCCUGAAGAACCAGUUAUCUCUACUGGUCCUACUGUUACUGGACAUAUUGAAGGGAAGGCAGAGAAGAAAAAGUAUAACUGGAAGCAUGGCAUUACUCCACCACUUAAGAAUGUCAGAAAGAAAAGGUUCCGGAAAACAACAAAAAAGCUCCCAGAUGUCAAACAAAUGGAUGAAAUCAACUUCAGUGAGUACACUCAGUCUCCAAGUGUGGAAAAGGAAGUGAAGAGACUGCUAUGCUCAGAUGCUGAAGCUGUCAGUGUCCGCUGGGAAGUUGUUGCUGAUGAUGAUACUAAGGAAAUAGAAAGUCAAGGGUGCAUCUCAACUACUUCAGGAACCCCACAGAUGGGUGGUGCUAGUUCAUCAGAAUAUGAUGUGCUUCGGGAGAUGAUGGGCGAGACUGGCAGCAAUAGUAAUGAUGUGGAAGAUAAGAAUAGCAAAAUUGAGGAUGAGGAUGAGGAUGAUCAAGAGGAUGAAGAUGAAGAUGAUGGAAAUGAAGAAAAAGAGGAGGAGACAGACAAUUCUGAAGAAGAGUUAGAAAAGGAGCUGCAAGCCAAAUUUAUUCAAUCUAGCCUCCAUGAAAAAGAACAAGAUUACACUUCAAUAAUCAUGGAAAUUCAGAAACUGAUUCAUAUCAAAGAACAAAAGCUCCAGCAAAUUUAUAAAAAAGCCCAGCGACAGAAGGAUCUCCUUCGGAAUGUGGAAAACUUGACCCUCAAGAGACAUUUCCAGAAUGUUUUGGAGAAGCUUAACAUACUGGAAAAAGAGAAGUGUGAGCAGAUUUAUCACCUACAGGAACAACUGAAAUGUUUCCUGAAGGAGUAAGGAAAGCCUCAGCCUAGCACACAAAGUGGAUUAACUUUCCAGAUGAAGACUCGGGGACCACAUACUUCUGUCCCUCUAGUUACUUUGUUGAGUAUUUUUUUCUAGUUAGAGUAAAUUUAAGGAUCAUAGUUAUAUAGAAGGAGACAUAUAUAGAAGGA